AUGUCUUCAAGUGAAAGCAACGUGUGGAGCAAUGAAACUGCUGAUGAGCAAUCUCUGGAAAAAACUUCCACACAGGAAAUUCUGUUAAAUUUCUUCUUUCCAACAACAUGCAUUCCACAGGAGAAUCAGGUGGUGAAGCCUUGCAAUGAGCAGAAAAAUUAUAAGAAGACUGAAUGUUUGGCAAAUAAAUGCUGUUUUUCAUCCUCCAAGAUCAGUAACGUCAACUGUUUGGCCCCACUACAGGAUAAGCCUACACAGACGUGCCGGAUGUCUGUGCUUGGUGUGAUCGCCACGAUCAUCCUGGGAUGCCUGCCCAUUUGUUGCUCCUCUUUUUGGUGGAGGAGCAAACGGGCCAAUCCUUUACCAAAGAGAGUCAACAAAAUUGUAAAGAAUAUGAAGAAACACAGAAAGAAAGAAAAGAAAGAUGCUGAGACGAUAGAGAAAACAGCAGAAGAUGAGAAAAAAUGAGGUGGUGAAAACCAGUAAGAGAACAAAGUGUUAU